AUGCAUGCGCGCGGACAGCCAAAGGGCGCAAAAGAGCGCAUCGCUCAGGCAAUCCACUGCAGUCUCGAGAUAGGGCUCCAUUGUCGGGAAUUCUCUGAUGUCCUAGAGGUGCAACAUCCUAUUCGUGCAGAAAGUACACGGCGAACAUGGUGGGAGAUAUUCAUAAUUGACACGCUGCUGGCUGCUGUCCAGGUCGAGGGUGUUCUGCAGUACACCGCAGAGACGCCUGAUGUGCCGCUACCCUGUAAGGAGGAUAAAUACCACGACGGCCGCCUUCCUGGGGUCGCAAUGAUUGUCAGCGACUUGGGUCUUUAUGACAUAUUUUCGGAGCACGGAGAUCUCUCACCCUUUGCUUACAGGGUUGAAGCGGCGAUUGUUCUCCGGAGGUGCCUUCUCGCCAGCGAGACGCAUGUCUCUCAAGACUCGCUGGAUAUACUUGAUGCCAACAUCUCUGCCUGGUUUCACCGACUUCCUAGCUGUAAGCGCGUCAUCCUCCAGCCGGACGGCGAGGUUAACGAACUAGAUCUCCAAGCGACAAUGAUCAUGCAUUGUGCCUCGAUAUAUCUCCACUUCCCUCAAGUCAUCUCUGCUCUCCUUCCUCCCGAACACAGGCCAGAUAUUCUGCUCUCGUCCUCCUCCCUUUACAUCUACAUCAGCAAACCCCCAAAUGCACUCAGCUAA